GGGGAUGGUUCGUCCCGCUGCUGCUCGGUCUGGCCGACGCCGUCGGGGCCGCCCUCCUGGGAUUCGGGCUGCCGUCAUUGCCCGUGUGCGCCGCGCUGGUGGCCGUGUUUCUUCGGAUUUUUCCUUGACGACGGCUGAUGCUGCUGCGCGUGGCCGCCCGGCUGUAGUUGAUUCAGCAUGUCGUCUUCGGUCCGGUCCUCGCCGGCCGUUUCGUUCUUCCUGGAAUGGUAUUCACCGAUUGGACUCGCGUCAGGAUGUUAAUGUGCCCGUUGAUAGUUGCCGUCGGGAGAUUUUAUUAGGGAAGCGGCCUGUAGAUUUCACCAUUGGUAUUCCUAUUAGUGUGGGCUCUUCUUCAGCGGUUGCCGGGUCUGCUCCGGCUGUUUGGCCUGCCAGUGAGCGAACUGAUACUUUGUCUGUCCAAGUGGUUGACAGACCGCGUGUUUCUCCUUCUGGUUUUCCUGCUGCUGUCCAUCUUUAUGAGUCUUUGGUUGGUGCUACGUCUCUUCGUGCCGUCCAAGAGUGGUGCCCUUAUGUGCUGCUGGUGCCUUCGGUCGGCCUACUCCUCUUGUUAUGCCUACCCCUGUUAUGGAGCACUUUCGUGUUCUGCGUGCUCGCCGUAAGCGGACGUUGGUGCGAUCAUACUAGUCCGGCUGGAAAAGAGUACGUGGGAUGCAGCCUCCGUUUCCUAAGGAUUAUAUCCAGCUGCUUAAGGCUACUUUUAAGGGGGCGUUCAUAUUAUGGUGGACCGGAUUUGUGUUGCCGGAAAUGUGGGGCCUUCUUUUGGUUCCGCGAAGGAUCUAUUCACCAUGCUGAUGCGACUACUCGCUGUCUUGUUUACACGGGUUGUUGUCGGACGGGCAGGAUUUCGUUGCCAAAAUUUGGUGACUGGCCUUCUCCUUUGGAUAGGCUGAUGCGUUUUGAUGGUGACGCGGUUUCCUCUCGGUUCAUGCGAUUAAUACGGCAGUAUAAUUCCAUGUUUUGUUUUACAUCGUUGGGUGCACAGGUUGAUCAUAGUAUUAAUGUUGGAGGUGCUCCAUAUGUUUUCAAGAUGAAUGGGGUGGUCUACCAUCGUAUUGGUUCGUUGCUGCCGGCUGAGGGUGCACCUCCCAAGUUCGCGCAAUUGUACAUGGUCGAUUCUGCUGACGAGUUGGACUGUAGGUUGAAUGUGUUUGACAGAUGAAAGAUCGAGGAUGUCGCCU